UCAAUUCCCUCUCCCCGAUCGUCCUCUCACGUGCCCGGCUCUCAAAGCCCCACCGCGCAGCACCGUCGCUCCGAGAGGACGAAGUGCGUAUCGGGGCGGACGCGACGGCGAACAAGAGUGUCAGAGUGUGUGCUUCUUUGGCCACGUCUUUUCCUUGAAGUAGAAGCCAAUCCCUAGUGCGAGCAUCGAGCCCAGUUUUUGAAUUUUUGACUGCUCUCAGCUUUUGGCAAGUGCUCGAGUGGGUGAAUCAGGGGCGCGGGGGGGGGAAAUUGGGUUCAGAGAAGAAGGACAAGACGAAGGCGGCUUUCGCUCGCCGGAGGCACCAAAGACGAGUAGAGGCCAAUGGAGGCCACUCAAGAGGAUGCUCCCGUCUUCCUCGAUCGCGGCUCUCGAGCCACGAGAGGAAAGAGGAUGACCAACUUGCUGGAUGACGAAAUUGAACAGGACGAGCAGUUCUGGAACCAAGAUGCUCUUAAAGAGGAUGAAAAUGAUGAUAAUUAUGAAGAAGAGCCUGAAGUUGCCGAUGUAUUUGACAGUGACUUUGAUGAAGAUGAGCCUGAUCCAGAUGAAGAAAUUGGCGAUGACGGUGAUGAGAGGGAGCGUCCAAAGAAGCGGUUAAUCUAUCCUGGAAAGACUCCAAAAAAGAAUAAAAAGAAACACAAAGUGCUUACAAAUUUGGAGGAAACUCCCAAGGAUGGAAAGCCUUCUCAACAGUCUGCUCACAAUGAGAGCCACGACGUUUCUGAUGAGGUAGAAGUUGAGAGAACGGUGAGAAAGUCUACAAGAACUGCGGUCAUUGUUAGACAGGCAGAGAGAGAUGCAAUACGUGCUGCCUUGCAAGCAACAAUGAAGCCAAUAAAAAGAAAAAAGGAAGGAGAGGAGAAGAGGAUGACCCAAGAAGAAAUGCUUUUGGAAGCAGCCCAAACAGAAAUUAUGAACUUAAGAAACUUAGAACGUGUGUUGGCAAGGGAGGAAGAAGUUAAGAAAAGAGCGAUUGUGCAUAAAGCUGUAUACAGUGGUCCACAGAUAAAAUACAUCUCUAAAGAUGGUCGAUCAUUUCUGGAGUUCACUAAAGAAGUGUCUUUUCAGUCCGAAAUUCCUACAGCAUCUGUUCCGUAUCCAGAGAAAGCUGUAUGUGCAGUCACAGGAUUGCCAGCCAAAUACCGUGAUCCAAAAACGGGGUUACCUUAUGCUACAAAAGAAGCUUUUAAGAUUAUUCGGGAACGUCACUCAGUGGAGACCAGUGGGAUUCAAAAUGAGAUGAACAUGGGUGUAUUGUAUGAUUCUCUAAAUGGGAGAGGUUUCUCAGCUAGGCGGAAGAGAUCUGAACCUUCAAACAAAGGCGAAACGUCCUAUUUACGGUACUUGGCUCGGUUUCGCAGUGUACCGUGUCUCGAAAUUGAUUCAUCAGAAUAGCUGCUGGGUACAUUAUUGCCAAGUCUGAUGUCCAAUAUCGACAAGCAUCGAGCAGAUUCAGAGUUAAGACAGCUCUUUGAGCGUUGUGUAAUCUGAAGAAGUGAAGGACGGAAUCCUUCAGAAGCUGGGGUGGAGUUCAGCCUGCCACUCGUUUGCACUGGAGAAACUGUAUGAGUGGAUAUGUGUGCUUUCGGACGGGC